GCGGUGCAUUGUGGGUCGCAGUCCGACAGUGAAGCCGAGCCAAAUAUGGCUGCUAACUCCAGGCAGCGGAAAGAGCCUUUAUAUGCAAGCUUAUGAAUGAAGUUUUUAACAGCAAAUCCUUCUCGCCAGUCGCAACGGUUGCUCCGAUCCAGCUGUGGAUGACUUAACGCGUUUCCUCGCCGCAACUGAAUUACAAACAAGUGAGGUUAAAGUCUCGUAUGAAUCCCGACGAGAAGGAGGACUGUGAGUGUGCGCCACCACAGGCCGACAUUAGCCCAGAAGGAGGAGCUGACAGACAACACGACGAGACUGAAGGAGACAACCCAGAAGCAAGCCGAAUGAAGCGAGCAGCUGCCAAGCAUCUAAUAGAGCGCUAUUACCACCAGUUAACGGAGGGCUGUGGGAAUGAAUUGUGCUCCAACUCAUGGUGUGCCUCGUCUUCCGGCUUCCGCCGCAUGGACAACAAUGCGGCAGCUGUCAAAGCCCUCGAGCUCUACAAGGUUAAUGCGAAACUCUGCGACCCCCACCCCUCCAAGAAAGGUACGGCUUCGGUCUACCUGGAGAAUUCGCCGUGUAGCAAUACCAAGAUGAACCAUAAAGAGGUCCAUUCUGUACGGGACAAUUUCAAAGAUGUGAAUUACCUGACAGAGGAGAAAGUGUACGAGAUUUUGGAUAUCUGCGGUGAGAACGAGGAUUACUCCCCUCUCAUCAGAGUAAUCGGCCGAGUGUUCUCCAGCGCCGAGGUCCUGGUGCAGAGCUUCAGACGGUCGAAUCCUCACACCAAGGAGGAGCUCAAGUCUCUUCAGGAAAAGGACGAGGACAAAGAUGAGGAUGAAAAGGAGGCUGCGGCCUGCUCCACCACAGCCAUGGAAGAGGACUCCUCUUGUUCUUCAUCGCGGCUCGGGGAGGGGUCAUCUGGAGACAACGCUGUCCAAAAGCUGGCCCCCGACGAGGUGACGGUAGACAUUGAAGCGGUGCGCCGAGUGUACGAGCGCCUGCUCUCCAACGAGAAGAUAGAGGCUGCUUUCUUGAACGCACUGGUCUACCUCUCACCCAAUGUGGAGUGUGACCUAACGUACCAUAAUGUGUAUUCCCGUGACCCAAAUUACUUGAACCUGUUUGUCAUAGUGAUGGAGAACAGCAACCUCCACAGCCCGGAGUACUUAGAAAUCGCCCUCCCGCAGUUCUGUAAGGCCAUGAGCAAACUCCCGCUCGCCGCUCAGGCCAAACUGUCGCGACUGUGGGCGCACUACAGCACCGAGCACAUUCGGCGCAUGGUGGAGACCUUCCAGCAGCUCAUCACCUACAAGGUGAUCAGCAACGAGUUCAACAGCCGCAACUUGGUGAAUGACGACGACUCUGUGGUGGGGGCCACCAAGUGCUUGAAGAUCAUCUAUUAUGCAAACGUGCUGGGCGGCGACCUCGAUAGGGAGCACAACGAGGACGAGGAGGAGGAGCCCAACCCGGAGUCGAGCGAGCUCACCCUGCAGGAGCUGUUCGGCGAGGAGAGGCGCAACAAGAAAGGUCCUCGGGUGGACCCGCUGGAGACGGAAUUGUCCAUCCGCACCACUGACUGUCGGCGGCCGCUCAUCCCCUUCGAAGAAUUCGUCAACGAGCCUCUGAACGAGGUGCUUGAGAUGGACAAGGACUACACUUUCUUCAAGGUUGAAACUGAAAACAAGUUCUCCUUCAUGACGUGCCCCUUCAUCCUGAACGCUGUCACCAAGAAUUUGGGCCUCUACUAUGACAACCGCAUCCGCAUGUACAGCGAGCGACGCAUUACUGUGCUGUACAGCUUAGUGCAGGGCCAGCAGCUCAAUCCGUACCUGAGGCUGAAGGUCCGUCGGGACCACAUUAUUGAUGACGCUCUGGUCAGGCUGGAAAUGAUCGCGAUGGAGAAUCCUGCAGACUUGAAGAAGCAGCUGUAUGUGGAGUUUGAAGGGGAGCAAGGUGUCGAUGAAGGAGGCGUUUCCAAAGAGUUCUUUCAGCUGGUGGUUGAGGAGAUCUUCAACCCAGAUAUCGGCAUGUUCACGUAUGAUGAACUCACCAAGAUGUUUUGGUUCAACCCCUCGUCAUUUGAAAACGAGGGCCAGUACACGCUCAUCGGCAUAGUUCUCGGCCUUGCCAUCUACAACAACUGCAUCCUGGACGUUCACUUUCCAAUGGUAGUCUACAGGAAGCUGAUGGGCAAGAAAGGAACCUUCAGGGACCUUGCCGACGCUAACCCUAUUCUGCACCAAAGCCUGAAGGAACUUCUGGGGUAUACCGGAAGUGUCGAGGAAGACAUGAUGAUUACGUUCCAGAUUUCUCAGACGGACCUCUUUGGGAACCCUCUCAUGUAUGACCUAAGGGAAAACGGGGAUAAAAUUCCAGUGACGAAUGAAAACCGAAAGGAGUUUGUAGCUCAGUAUGCGGAGUACAUGCUGAACAAAAGUGUGGAGAAGCAGUUCAAAGCGUUCAGGAGAGGUUUCCACAUGGUCACCAACGAGUCACCGCUCAAGUACCUCUUCAGGCCUGAAGAAAUUGAGCUACUGAUAUGCGGGAGCAGGAAUUUAGACUUCAUGGCACUAGAAGACACAACGGAAUAUGAUGGAGGCUACAAUAGAGAUUCUCGAAUCAUCAAGGACUUCUGGGAGACGUUGCACUCUUUUGGUGAGGAACAGAAGCGCCUCUUCCUUCAGUUCACCACAGGCACUGACAGAGCACCCGUGGGUGGGCUCGGUAAACUGAAGAUGAUUAUUGCCAAGAACGGGCCGGAUACCGAUCGGCUACCAACAUCUCACACUUGCUUUAAUGUGCUACUGCUGCCCGAAUACAGCAGCAAGGAGAAGCUGAGGGAGCGACUGCUGAAAGCCAUAACCUAUGCCAAAGGGUUUGGCAUGCUCUGAGCCCACCCCACCGACAUCCCCUCCCCGGCAUAGUACCACUCUUACACCACCCGCUCCCAACGCACUGCGAAUAGACUUUUUCCCCCAACCCAUUUAGCUCUGCCCUUUUUAAAAAAAAAUAAUAAUAAAAUAAAAAAAAAUAAUGAAUAAAAAUCCGAAGCAAUGUAAGCGACAGCAGGAGAAAAUUCCACUGUGCCUGCAUUAUCAAUGUAAUCUGUCAGUGUAAGCACAGAGAUCUUCUGAUCAAAGUAUUCACAUCCACUUGACAUGGGUGUGCUGCUGCCUCCCCGCUUACCUUUAUAUGUACAGAGAGGAUGAUUUUUCUAUUUAUUUUACGUUUAACCUGCCCCCCCCCCCCCCCCCCCCCCCCUUUAAUGGUGAAACAAAGGUUAUUAAUAUCUGCAGAUGGGACAAACACGUCACCAUCAUCCAGGAUUGUUGAACAAAAAAACUGUCCAGUAGAAUAUUGUAGAAAGUUAAAAAAAACCAAAAAAAAUUAAAAUAGAGUAGCCUUUCCUGGAUUGUGAAUUUUCCCAUUGCGGGAUUAAUAAAGGUUUAUCCCAUUCG